UAUUAGUAGCCAUUGCUGAUUAUGUCAGUUUUAUAGGUAUGUCUGUCAGUUGAAAGGAAUCAUUUUUAUUCUUUCCAUUUUUUUUUUUUAGGUGCAAUGUUUGAUUUGCAAACAUGAAUUUGCAUUUAAUGAUAGUACAUCCUCCAUGAUGCGACAUCUCCGCUCCGUUCAUCAUGUUGAAACUCCGCAGUCGGCAAAUCAAGCCUUCAAUCCACCUUGUAUUGUGUCAAGAAAGCAAGAACUUGAUUCUGCAUUGGUGGAUAUGAUUGUAAUGGAUGCACAACCAUUUUCAAUUGUUGAAGACAAAGGCUUCAAGGCUUUUGUCAACCUUUUGGACCCAUCCUACAUAAUUCCUAAUAGGAAGGCCUUGAGGACAAUGGUGGAGGAGAAGUACAAAGCCAAAAAGGAGAAGGCUUUAGAUGUGGUUAGCAGGGCCUCUGCUGUCAGCCUUACAGCAGACAUGUGGACAUCCAUUAACAUGGACGCUUACUUGGCUGUAACAUGCCAUUUUAUCACCGAGGAGGUGGAGCUGGCCUCUGUGGUCUUGGGGGUUCUGAAGUUUCCCCAAACCCACACUGCAGCUCACUUGGCUGAGGCCAAAAAUCUUCUCAUGGAAGAAUGGGGAAUUAAAGGGAAGGUGACAGGCCUGGUUACAGACUGUGCUCCCAACAUGGUUGCAUGUGCUAAUAUAUUACUGCUUCGGCACAUAAUGUGUUUUGCACAUAUGCUUAAUUUGGUGGUGAAAAAGUCCCUUGCCCAAACCCCUGAACUAGAGGAUAUCCGAAGUAAGGGGCGUAGGAUUGUCGGUCUUUUUAAAUCCAGCACCACAGCGAAGGAGAAGCUGUCAGAGAUGCAGCGACAGCUGGCCAGGCCAGAGCACAAAUUAAUACAAGAGGUGGAAACAAGAUGGAACAGCACAUUUAAUAUGUUGGAAAGGUUGUUUAAGGAGAGAGAGCCACUGGGGGCAGCUCUGGCCACCCUCCAUACAGACCUUCCUCCACUCACCUCAGAGGACUACCAGGCCAUACACCACUGCUUGAGCAUUCUUUCACCGUUUCAAGAGGCCACAGUUGAGCUUUCGACAGAAAAACGAGUGUCAGCAUCCAAAGUCAGUCCCAUGGUCAAAAUGCUGAAACAUUACAUCUCAAGCAGGUGUGGUCAGAUCACACACCCACUUGGUGAAAAACUGGCCACUAACUUGAAGAACAAUCUCCAUGAGAGGUUUUCAGCUCUGGAGAAGGUCACUGCUCUGUUAAUGGCAACCUUGUUGGACCCAAGGUUUAAAGAGCUGGGGUUCUGCAGCCAAGGCUCUGCCCACACGGCCAUAGAGCGACUCACUAAAGAGUGUGCUGCAACAAUGCAGGCGCUACUUCCAGAGGCACAGCCACAGUCGCCACCUAGAGAAGGUCCUUCAAGUCAGCAGGAAGAUGGUGGUCUCUGGGCCCUGCUGGACAGGCAUGUGGGGGUUCAACAGCAGGUGACCAGCACAACUGCCAGUGCAACAGUGGAGGUUCAGAGGUACUUAAAGGAACCUCACAUCCCAAGGACUCAGGACCCACUGAGAUACUGGGUUACCCACAAGGUUUUAUACCCACAUCUCUACAAGCUGGCAAUGAAGUUUUUAUGCACACCAGCUUCAUCUGUGCCUUGUGAGAGGAUCUUCUCCAAGGCUGGCGAAAUCGUCAGCCAAAGACGAAACAGGCUGAAGCCCAGCACAGUGGAGAAAAUUCUGUUUUUAAAUAAAAAUCUAUAACAUGUA